AUGUUCAGGAUACAACUGAGAACUAUGUCUAGCAAAACAGCAAAAAGUGAUUAUCCAAAGGAGUUUGUCAGUUUCUUGAACAGCUCGCACUCUCCCUACCAUGCAGUUCAUAAUAUCAAGAAGCAUUUGAUGUCAAAAGGUUUUAAAGAAGUGAGUGAACGUGAAUCAUGGGCAGGUCAUGUCGUACAAAAGGGUAAGUAUUUUGUAACGAGAAACGGAUCUUCCAUUAUUGCGUUUGUUGUUGGUGGUAAAUGGAAACCUGGAAAUCCCAUCGCUAUAACUGGUGCUCACACUGAUUCUCCUGUACUAAGAAUCAAACCUAUUUCCAAGAGAGUUAAUGAAAGGUAUCUACAAGUGGGAGUGGAGUGUUAUGGAGGCGCUAUAUGGCAUUCAUGGUUUGAUAAGGAUUUGGGCAUUGCCGGAAGAGUUUUUGUAAGGGACACCAAAACAGGCAAGUCCAUUUCUAAAUUGGUAGAUCUGGACAGACCAUUACUAAAGAUUCCUACUUUGGCUAUUCAUUUGGAUAGAGACGUAAAUCAGAAAUUCGAGUUUAAUAAAGAAACACAGCUGUUGCCGAUUGGUGGUUUGCAAAGGGACAACACGAAAUCGAAACCGGAAAAAGAGGUUGAUAGAAAUGGUUUCAGCUCCAUCAAAACGAUAGUGGAAAGGCAUCACGAAGAACUUUUGGCACUAAUCGCCAAGGAACUCGCCAUUGAUAAAGUGGAUGACAUUGAGGACUUCGAAUUGAUUCUUUACGAUCACAAUGCAUCUACUCUUGGUGGUUUUAACGAUGAAUUCGUAUUUUCUGGGAGAUUGGAUAAUUUGACGUCUUGUUUCACAUCAAUGCACGGUUUGACAUUGGCAGCUGACACGGAAAUUGACCGAGAACCAGGUAUUCGAUUGAUUGCAUGUUUUGAUCAUGAGGAGAUUGGUUCAUCAUCUGCUCAAGGUGCAGAUUCUAACUUCUUGCCUAACAUCUUAGAGAGAUUGUCAAUUUUAAAAGCGGACGGUUCAGAUGAAUCUAAGCCGUUAUCGAAUUCGUCAAUAUUGGAAACUUCUGCUAAGUCAUUUUUCCUAUCAUCUGAUGUUGCUCACGCAGUUCAUCCGAACUAUGCAAAUAAAUACGAAAGUCAACAUAAACCUUUGUUGUGUAGUGGACCAGUAGUCAAGAUCAACGCAAAUCAACGUUAUAUGACCAAUUCACCUGGCUUGGUCUUAGUGAAAAGAUUAGCAGAGGCUGCGAAGGUCCCUCUGCAGUUGUUUGUUGUUGCUAACGACUCCCCAUGCGGUUCUACCAUUGGUCCUAUUUUGGCCUCAAAAACUGGUAUUAGAACCUUAGAUUUAGGUAAUCCCGUGCUGAGUAUGCAUUCUAUUAGAGAAACUGCCGGUUCUGCCGAUUUGGAAUACCAAAUUAAAUUGUUCAAGGAAUUCUUUGAACGUUAUACUUCCAUAGAAUCGGAAAUUGUUGUUUAA